CACGUCACUUCCGGGUACAAAGUAGCAGAGCUGCGGGCGGUGCGCGGCCCUGACACGGACACGUGACUCGCCUGCAAGAUGGCGGCGCCCAGGAGCGAAGCGCCGGUCUCGGACUCGGAUAGCGGCAGUGAGGAUAUGCAGCGCUUCCGGGAGGCGGCCUGGGAGCCACCGGGUAUUAAACCAGUUCAGCGCCAGGAGAAGGCCGUUCCAUCUACUGCUCCAAGUCUUCGUGUGCAGGCUGACUGCCAUGAGCAUGAUGGUAAUGAGCUGCAGACUACACCUGAAUUUCGAUCACACAUUGCUAAAAAGCUAACCGCUAUCCUGGAUAGUUGCAUCAAAGUAAUCCCAGCAAUCAGUACCCUUCAGACUGAGCCUAUAAUGGAUACAGAAGACAGUGGUUUUAGAUUGUUCUGCACGUCCAUCCCUGGGGACACUGGGACUGCAAAACCCACUACUACUAUGAAACGCAAACUGGCUUCCUCUAGCAGUGAGGAUAGUGAAGAGGAGGAGCAAAGAUGCCGGGAGGCUGCUGUAUCAGGCAUUGACAUCCUCCAGAACAGCGCAUUGCAGAGUAUACAUAUAGCGAACUCCAAUGAAACCUGUGACGGUCCAAAAAAGAAGAAGAAACGAAAGAAAAAGAAGAAAAAAGACAUAGUAGAAGAUGUUCUUCAGACAAAGACAGAGAGCAGUGGACUGAAUGCAAAAAAGAAGAAAGACAUAGAGGAUGAAAAGGGAAACAUUCUUCAGACUAACACAGCGUUAAAUGGAUUCAGAGUGGAAAACAAAAAAAAGAAGAAAGAGGAUAAAGUGGGAGAUGUUCUUCAGACAGAGUGUGUUGGACUGAUUGUGAAAAAGAAAAAAAAGAGAGACAUAGUAGAGGAUGGAGAUGUACUUCAGACAGAGAGCAAUGCAAUAUAUGUGAAAAAUAAAAAUAAGAAAAAAGACAUUGUAGAGAAUGAGCAGAGUUUAGCAGGCGAUACCCCUCAGGCACAGAAAAAGAGCAACGGGCUAUGUGGGAAAAUGAAAUAAGAGCACACCAAUGGGAUAUUGUAAUGAACUGGGGAACAAAUCAUAGAAAAUAUCAGAUUUCAUCAAUGAUGACGUACUUUCCAUUUCAGGAGUCUGCGAGAAUCGCGUUGUAGCAUAUGCAUGUCAGUGAAAGGCAUGGAUGUUCUGAGCUGACACUACAGUGGCUGUCUGUAACCUGUGUAUAUUCUCCAUUGAAGUCUAUGUUCAGCUGAUAUAAAUAUUUCCAAAAGUCACUCCUGGCGAUUUCUACCAUUUCUGUCUUUCACUGGCAUAUCCACACAGGAAGGAAAGCUUAUUCAUCCACCCACAGUCGACAUUUUGCCACUUGCAGCUGUAACACAGGUUUGUUUCAGAGAACGUCAUUAGUGUCAUUGUGAGGAUGAUGCCAUUUGUGUGGAAAUAAAACUGUCGAUGGAGCUGUGUGAGGGAGACAGGAGGUGACUGUGACUCUCUGGGGUACUGGAAUUCUGGUAGUGUGCCAUGCUUGCCGAGGACACUGCGUGGAAACAAAGAUCACAUUGUCAAUAAGCGCUUUCAACAUCUUGUCUUUAUUCACCUCUUAAUUUUUGGCUGACCAGGCAAUUGCUCUGAAAAGUCAAAUGUAAUACUCUGGUGCAUUGAUGUCAAUUAGUAACAUGAUCUGCGGCUAGUCAUGAUCACUGCGAGCUUCUACCAAGCUCUGCUGAAGUUAGCAACUCUUCUUCACAACUGCAAAUGAUCCUCAGCUGGAAUGUGCUGCACUGUGCUAAGCCUGGCAGUACAGGUACACUGGAUAAUAGCUCUCCGCCAGUCAACCAGCCCUGCACAGCAGAGCUUCGCUCAGUGGAGCUAAUGGAAGCUCCUUGCAGAUAGUGGUGGUAAGUUCCAGGCAGAAGGCAAGCAAGUUAUCAAACUAUUUGACUACUUAGAACAAACAGAACAAAGGAUACAGGUAGCGCCAAAAUAAAUGCAAUAUUGUGGUAAGUAAUCAAAAAAAUCUUUUACCAAGUAAAAGAUAAAAAUGUCCUUUUGCGGUUUUAAGUCUUCAAAUGUUGAAUAAGUGAUUUUAUUAUUAUUUGUUUAAAUAAAAGUAAGAAUUUUAGACUA